AACAAAACUCAAAGACAGCUGAAAAACGUAUUGACAUUUUACAAAUUAUACUUAAUAAUCAUGAUCCGUUGAAGCAAUCCUCACCGACCACACCUGUGAACAUAUCUGAUGGUAAAACAAUGAGCGACUUUGAAGUACAAGAUCAAAUUACUGAUUUUCUAAUAGGAGGUAGUGACACAAGUGCAUUCACUAUCAUUAUGGCAAUUAUCUUGUUACUUAAUCAUCCUGAGAAAUUGAGAAAUUUAAGAAGCGAAUUGAAAUCCGCGUUUCCUGAUUUACAAUCAAUUGAAUAUGAAGAUAACCUG